GAGUGAUUCGUUUCGGUUUGUUUUUGGAGUUUCCAUCACGGACUCAUCAGGAACGUCGUCGUUGCCGUUGCCGGUCCGGGAAUAUGUGUGUGCGUGGUGCAGCUGCGUUCCGUUCGCUCGUUUCACUGCAGAUGAAUUAAUUGGUGGAAAUAUUUACAAGCAAAUUCAUUGGAGCGACCACAAAUCCAAUUACACUUAAACAUAUUCAUAUUCAUUAUUGGAUAUUCGUUAUUCGUGGAGUGUUUUUUGUGUGUGUAAUUACUUAAUUGAGCAUCUAAAAAGAGAAAAGGGUUUCGCUGCCACACGCCAUUACAUCUUGGGGGGAACAAACAGAGAGCAAACAGAAACCAUCAAAAUUGAUUGCUUUAACAUGGACUCGAAUUCGGUGAGCCCCCUGCCGCCGCUGGAGGCACCAUUGGCCAUGUUGGACAGCGAGAAGACACCGCCUGGGACCCCGAACGGCAUCGAGAUGCCGCCACCGCCAGACGAGAAGCGCUAUGAGGAGGAUCCGGAUAAUGCCUGGAACUGCUGCUCCUGGUGCGAGUACUUGCUGAUCGUGAUACUCUCCACCAUUCUGCUGGUGGGUGUCCUGGUGCUGACCCUCUUCUGGGUGAUGUUCUAUCGCGAUGGCUUCGCCUGGUCCGAGAGCCCCAAGCAGCAGUUCAAUCUGCAUCCCAUCCUGAUGAUUGCCGGUUUCGUCACUCUCUCUGGAUUUUCCAUCUUGAUCUAUCGCCUGUGCCGGUGCGUGAAGCACAUCUAUGUGAAGCUGAUCCACAUGUUCUUUCACGCCAUUGCCAUUCCGUGCAUCGCCCUGGGUUUCCUCUCCGUCUUCGACUCCCACGAGGCAUUGCAAAAGGUGAACUUCUACAGCCUGCACUCGUGGCUGGGUUUCGUGACUAUGGGCAUGUUUGUGCUGCAGUUUGUGAUCGGAUUCUUCAGCUUUCUGGUGAUGCUCUGCUGUGAGAACAAAACCUACAGCUGCCGCUCCGCCAUGGUGCCCAUACACGCCAGUCUGGGUCUGGCCAACUUCUGGCUGGCCAUUGCCACAUCUGUGACGGGUCUCAUUGAGAAGGAGCGCGAGACGGUGGCCGAGACCAACGUGAGCGCCGAGAACAAGCUCAUCGAGCAUUACAUCACCAGUGCCAUCGGCAUUACUCUGAUCUUCAUCGGGAUCAUUGUCACCUUUGCGGUGCGACGAUCCAACGCUCCUGCCUCGGCCAAAGUCUACGUAACCGAACGCAUUUAGGAUGUUCCAGCUGGACCCAGCCAACCACAGCCAGUGCAGGAAGAACGUCUCAAAGGAGACGCAUCCAAGGACUCAGAGCUUUGAACCAUUGUCGUCCUGUCGUGAAAGGCUUAGCACAAAACAGAUCACGCUUCUGCAUACUCUAUCCUAUCCAUUCAUACCUGUUAUAACGUUUUACAUCCAUAUGUUGUAUAUGCCAAAUUUAAUUCCCUCUACUGCGUAAAUCAAAGAACCUUUCUCACCCAUCCAAUGGCAGUUUAAACUCCUAAGUAGAUUUGUAGGUUUAGGAAUCUCAAAGCAUUACCGCCUCACCACUUGGUAGUAGACAGUAA